UUUUACUCUACAUCAGAGUCCAGCAUUACCAUUUUGCAAACGUUAAAGGAUUAUGGCUUCAAUGCUGGUUGUGUUGUAAAGCUGACAGGUAAAGCCUCCAACAAAGAGAACGUAACAGAGACAGGCGUGGGAAAGUCGAGGACGGCCCCACCCGCCACGUUGAGGGGAAGUGCUUGUUAGCGUCUUCCACAAACAACAACCGGGUUGUGAGCUGUGUGGCGGCCUUUGCUCCAGGCGAAUCCCUCACUUUGCUCGCCUGUGGUCAUGCAUGGCGGGCUCGACUGCAUUUCGUCUCUUAUCGCAUUUUAAGGGCUAGCGGGGAGAGGAGUAGCCCGACAGCUGCAAAAUACAGAAGAACAUUGUCAGACUGCUGCGCUUUUUUUCUACUGUCGGACCCAAUGCCGCUCGUCUCCACCAGUAUGUUAAGUAAACUGCGAUUAUUCGAAGGAGCCAGGCUGGUGCAGAGAAGAUGGUUAAGUACAGUGCCCAUCCAACCUGUUCCACCUCUGAAACAAACGUUACAGCUGUAUUUACGGACCUUGGAGCCAAUUGUCUCAGCCUCUGAACUGGAGCAGAGCAGAUUGAUUGUGGAAGAGUUUGGCAAGAAGGGAGGCGUGGGUGAACAUCUGCAGGACAGCCUGGAAAAGAGAGCAAGACGAACAUACAAUUGGGUCUCGGAAUGGUGGCAGCAUACUGCAUAUCUAGAAAGUCGCCUCCCCCUGGCUGUGCACUCCAAUCCAGCAGUGGCUCUACCAAGACAAGACUACAGAGAUUGGAAAGGCCAGCUUCAAUUUGCAGCAAGACUUAUUGCUGGAGUUCUUGAUUUUAAAGCUAAGAUUGAAAGUCAUACCCUAGUGGCAGAGUACAUGCGUGGUAGACCCCUCUGCAUGGACCUCUACUCCCAAAUUUUUUCAUCCUGUCGCAUACCUGGUCCCAAGCAUGACAAUGUACUACACUUUGCUCUUACACGCCGGCCCCCUACUCAUAUUAUUGUUGUCCGAAACUUCCAGUUCUUUCAAUUAGAGGUGUACAACAGUGAUGGUACACCAUUGACAGUCGACCAGAUUCACAUGCAGCUCCAGCGAAUCAGAGGGAUGUCAUGGAAGACCGAUAAAGAGCCUAUGGGUGUGCUGACCAGUGAGCACAGAAACACCUGGGGCCAAUCGUACAACACACUUAUGAAAGACAGACUGAACCGGGAAUCCGUAAAAGCAAUUGAACGUGGUAUUUUCACAGUGUGCUUGGAUGCUUCAGUAAUGCGUGUAUCAGAUGACCGCUAUACAAGUCGCAUGGCAGCUCAAAUGCUACAUGGAGGGGGCAGCUACUCCAACAGUGGUAAUCGCUGGUUUGACAAAACUUUACAGUUCAUAGUGGGAGAGGAUGGUUCCUGUGGACUUGUGUAUGAACAAGCCAUUGCUGAGGGCCCUCCAGUUGCCAGCAUAUUGGACCAUGUCCUUGACUACUGUAAAAACCCAGACACCGUCCGCACUCCAAUGAUUCCCUUGCCGUUGCCAAAAAAACUUUAUUUUUACAUCACUCCUGAAGUCAAGAGACACAUUGAACAUGCCAAGCAAAAUCUUGACAUACUGAUAAAUGACCUGGAUAUCAGCUGCUUCACAUUUAGGAAAUUUGGCAAGAAUUUUCCAAAGAAGUUCAAGCUCAGUCCAAAUUCCUUUGUUCAGGUAGCAUUGCAGUUGGCCUAUUAUAGGAUGUAUGGAUACCUGUGUUCAACUUGUGAAACUGCUUCACUCCGCAUGUUUAGAGGGGGGCGUACAGACACAAUCCGCUCUGCAACUAACGAAGCUUUUCAGUUUGUCAAGGUGAUGCAAAACCCAAAAAGUGGGGUACAGCUGAAGCAGGAUCUACUCAAGAAAGCAAUCGAUGCUCACAGCACUAACACAGAACAGGCACUUCAAGGACAAGCCAUUGACCGGCACUUGCUAGGUCUAAAGCUGCAGGCAAUUGAGGAAGGCCUAAGUGUACCUGACAUUUUCAUGGACACGUCAUAUGCGGUUGCCACUCACUGGAAACUUCAUACUGGGCAGGUCCCAUCUCGUACAGACUGUGUGAUGUGCUUUGGCCCUUUGGUCCCAGAUGGCUAUGCUGUUUGCUACAAUCCAUUGCCUGAGCACAUUAAUUUUUCGGUGUCUGCUUUUAAUUGCUGCGAUGAGACCAAUGCUGACAAGCUGGCUCGUUAUCUGGAGGGGGCACUUGUAGAUAUGCACCAGCUGCUGGCAGGACAUGACUAAUGCUCUGAAGAAAAAAAUUUGGAAAUUGCUUCAGUUCAACUGUUUUUGUACAUUCAUAUCAUACAGUUGAGAUAAAAGCAGUGUCUCUUGCACUUCACUUUUUUAAAAAUAAAACUAUUCCACUGGU